GCACCCAAAGGCGGUGCCCACACACGGCACAAGCACAAAACCAUCUCCCGGUGCCUGCCUGAUCUUCGUGCACCAACAACGAGCACGGCAGGGCCAAAUAAACCUUCCAAUCACCAAAGAGACAGGAACUGGGGACACUGGUCCGGCCGCCCGCCAUAUGCAAUUAUUGUCCAGCCCAAAAUCCAGAGGCACCCGGGGUCUUGCAGGGGGGGCCGGCAGCGCUCGGGGGCCCGUCCGGAGGGUGCCGGCACACCCUGCCCCCAGCCGGUGAUCCCGGCUGCGCCCUCCGAAAUGCUGAAGCGACACAAUGCAAAUUCUUUGGCUUUGUGGCCGCCGCGCCGUUGCCAUGGAGCCGUCGCAGAGAACAAACACAACUCGCCCCAUGUUUUCUCAGCACCUUCCACCCCACGGCCUUCGGCCCCAGAGCCACGCAGGGUCUGUCCCGGCUCUAUCAUCCCACAUCCCGCCCGUUCCAGGCACCCGAGAAGGAGCAGAGCUGCUUCCAGCCAGCCCUGGGGAAGGGUGGCACGGCCCUGGCUCAGGGAUUGACAAGGGACACCCAAGGCUGGCAGGGGAUGGAGAGGAGAAGCAGAUCUGGACAGAAAUGCCACAAGGAAAGGGUGAGGAUGUGCCGGGGAUUGCAGCUACAGCCCAGCCUGGCCAAUGGCACCGAGCCCUUCCUGCAUGGAGACCACGACAAGAGGACAAGAGGGGAGCCCGUGAGGAUGAGGAGAGGUGCAUGGUGGAGUGAAGGAGACGCUGUCCCAGCAGAGACACGGGUGAUGAAAGAUCUCGGCCCCUGCUUCCUCCUGGCCUUUCCUGUGACAUCCAUGGAGACGGAGCAGAGAGCAGCGGAGCAAUCGGUGUGUGGACAGACAGACGGACGGACAGACAGACGGGCAGGGGACGGUGACGGGGGAGCAGCCCCUGCAAACACUCCCAGAUCCGCCUCUCCCCGCGGCACAGCGAGGGAAACCGAGGCACGGGAUGGGAGCGGGGGACCGGGGAGGAAGGCGACGCUGGCAGCCCUGGGACCUCACUUGGAAAACAAAUCAGUAACUCAUUCAGCUGAUCCCGUCCUGAUAGCGCCGCGAGCUCCCCGGCGCGUCAGCACAGCCCUGCCCGCAGCCAGGGGGGCUCCCCCAGCUCCCACACUGCGCUCGGGGGCUGCUCCUGCCCCCCCGGCACAGGCAGGGCACAGCGAAGCCUCCCCCUCACCCCCCACUCCAGCAGAACACAAGUGGCGAACUUUCCCUUAA